UAGAGGAAAAAAAAAGUUAACCAGAUACAGACACCUUCACCACCCACCAUCACCCAUCGUUGUCUAGAAAACACAACUCUCUUCCACUCUCCUCUCUUCUAACACUCACAUAUAAAGCCAUCUUUCAAGUUCUAUCAUCUUAAAGUACAGCUAAUUCUCUCAUUUCAGCCCCAAAACCCUACAUCAACGAUGGCUGUUUUAGUGUUUUUAGUGCUUUUCUGGGCACUCACUGGUCAUUCAGGUGCCACCUAUUGCAUAUGCAAGGAUGGGAUUGCUGACACACAGCUGCAAAAAGCCCUGGAUUAUGCUUGUGGAGCCGGAGCAGAUUGUACCCAAAUCGUUCAAAGCGGUCCUUGCUACCAGCCCAACACUGUAAAAGAUCACUGCAGCUAUGCUGUUAACAGCUACUUCCAGAAGAAAGGCCAAGCUGUUGGGAGCUGUGAUUUUUCAGGAACUGCCGUGACUAGUGCCACUCUCCCUCAAAAUGUAGCCUCCGGGUGUACAUAUCCUGCAUCAGCAACUUCAAGCACCGGCAACACAUCAAACUCGGGCACAGCACCGACGGGCACAAACACACCAUCUUCUAUAAUUCCGCCUCCUCCGUCAUCAGUGUUCACCGGAUUAGGCCCAACGGGCACCACUGUUGUCAACGGUGUGGCUUCUCAAUUUAAAGGCACUAACUUGUGGUUCAUGGCAUCUUCUUUAACCCUCUUGUUUUCAGUUCCCUUUCUGUUGUGGGGUUGAAGGUAAAAAGGAAGGGCGGUUGAUAUGUGGAUGAUGAGAUUUUGCCACGGAAGGACGGGUGGGCAUGUUAUUUUACGGUGGGAUUGCCGGGGGGUGGUCAUCAAGAGUCAAAACCCCACUAGGGUUUUUUUUGUUUCUUUCCUCCCAUGUGAAAAGGCUAGGAAUUUGAUUCUCCAUUGAGUGCUCUGAUGUGACUGCUUAUUGGGGUAGUAGCAGCAGUAUUUGUAUAUCUAAAGAGAGGUGGUAGUAUUUUAUUUUCCUUUCCAAUCUAAUGAAAAAUUCGUACCAUCUA